AUGAAGUCACCCGGACAUGUGCUCUCAUUGAAGAUUCGUGAGUUCUUCCGCGAAACUGGAAUUCUCGUCUACAGGCACCCGGCACCAUUUUUCUGGAUUCCGGUCGCUUUAUCGGUGUUCGCUGCUUUUGGUCUUUUGCGAUUCUAUGAAGAAAAUCGAAUAUGGUAUUUGUACAGUCCAAGUGGAGCGGAUUCGCAUUACGAGCACGCUGUCGCCAAUGAGUUUUUCAACGAUCGCGGCGGAAAGUUUUGGCUUGAGGUGACGAUAACUGCAAAAGAUAUGGAUAAUCUUCUACGGAGAGAUUAUUUAGACAAUGUCGACUCUUUGACCGAAUAUUUACAGUACAAUUUUACUGUAGAAUGCGAUGGAUAUAAAUCGAAAAAAGAGUGCUCAUUCCAAGAUUUGUGCUCAGGGCAGUGCAAUGACAAUCAAGUGAUUCCUCUCUUCAACUUGAUCUACCGUAACGCAUCUUCUCGUCUUCAUCCCAAUUUUCGACUUACUUAUCCAACAAUGCAUUUGUACAAUGACGAAUAUUAUGUUGGCGAACAUUUCGCUGGUGUCAAAAUCGAUCCGAACACACAAGUCAUUUCACGGGUGAAAGUCGUCGUUCUCUACUUCCGAACUGAUCGCCAAUCGCCACAAGUAUCGGCACUUAUUGACAGAUGGGAGAGAAGUCUUUUUGAUUAUGCUGAACAUUUCCAACAUCCAACACUUAAUAUGACAAUUAAUAGCGAUGCGAUGAUCGCGAAAGAAGUUCGUUCCAAUGGACUCUCGUGCAUUCCAUAUUUCUCAUUUUCCGUCAUUUUCGUUGUCGUCUUCAUAUUCGUCACCAACAAACGCGAGCACUUUGUCAUAUCUCAUUCGAUAGUGAUGUCGAUUCUCGGAAUUGCUGGUCCACUUAUGGCGAUCGGAACAACCUUCGGCUUCAUGCUUUUGUUCGGCGUCCCUUUCAAUUCGAUCACACUUGUCAUGCCAUUUUUGAUCAUCGGAGUCGGUUGCGACGAUGUUUUUAUUAUCAUUCAUGCGAUGAGAAAAACUGACAAAACGAAGUCAUUGGAACAUCAAAUUGCCGAAACAAUGGAAGAAGCGGGACCAUCGAUUACAGUUACUUCGGCCACUAAUAUUUUAUCAUUCGGAAUUGGGAUUCUCACUCCUACUCCUGCAAUUGCCCUCUUCUGUCUGUACACGUGUGUUGCUGUUGCUGUUGAUUUCAUUUAUCAGCUAACAUUCUUUGUUGCCGUUUUGGUUUAUGAAGAAAAACGAUUAGAGAAGAACCGCGAGAAGCGGCCGAUAGAAGAAGCUCAACAGAAUAAUAAAAAACAAGUGCUUGCCAUUCAACACUCAAUUCGUUAUACCACAGGAACUCAUCCACCGCCAGCGAAUCCCCAUGGUAUCGUAUCCACUUAUUGCCGAUUUUUGAAGGAUUGGAGGACGCGCCUUGGUCUUCUAGUUAUCCUUUGCGUUUACUGGACAGCGAGUAUUUGGGGAUGUCAGCACAUGGAAAUCAAAAUGGACACGACGAAUUUAAUAAUGAAGAACAGUCCAUUGCAUAAUAUUGCUUAUAUUUAUGAAACCUAUUUGUGGAGCGAAGGACAGCUCGUACUUGUCUUCGUCAACGAUCCGCCAGAUUUGAGCAAUGAAGUCAAUCAGCACGAAGUAUUGGAACUUGUGAAUCGGUUUGAGAAUCUUCCGUAUUCAAUGGGAAAGAAUUCCACAUCGAUUUGGCUUCGAUCAUUCCUUUAUCAAAGCUCAUUAUAUAAUAACAAGGAAGGGUUUUAUGAGAUUCUCGAUCAAUGGCUUGAAGAUCCUGAGAAUGGAGGAAUGAGAUGGAAUGAUAUGUUGAGGUUGAAGAAAAAUGAGAAUGGAACGACUAUUGGAAUCGACAAAUUCAUGUUCGCAACAGCCUGUGCAAUGGGCAAAGACGCCAAUUGGGGAACACGCGAGAAGCUUCAAAAGCAAUGGAGAGGCGUUGCGCACGAAUACAAUCAUUUCAAUGUUACUGUCUUCCAGGCAUAUUCCUUCUACAUUGAUCAACUUGAUUCGAUUGGUAGUACGACCAUGUCGACGGUAAUUGUUGCGGCCAUCACAAUGGAUCUUGCUUGUUUCUUGAUGAUCCCUAGUGCAAAUUCGAUUAUUUCAAGUUCCAUCGCAAUGCUUUCAAUCAAUUUGGGUGUAUUCGGCCUUCUUUCUGUCUGGAAUGUCAAUCUUGAUCCAAUCACAAUGUGCACCACCUUGAUGAGUAUCGGAUUCUCUGUGGAUUUUACUGCACAUAUCAGUUAUCAUUAUUACCGUAAUCCUGUCUCUUGGACCACUGAUGAAAGACUGGCUGAUGCGCUUAAAGGUAUCGGAUGGCCCAUGAUCCAGGCAGCUUCUUCGACUCUUCUUUGUAUGGCGCCUUUGCUGCUGAAUGACAGCUACAUGGUUACCGUAUUCGUAAAGACGAUAUUCUUAGUGACAGUUCUCGGAAUUCUUCACGGAAUCAUUUUCCUUCCAGCCCUUCUCCUAACGGUGGGAAAUACGAAAAAAGACGAUGAAAACGAUGAGAAGUCGAAUGAAAAGAGCGCUGAAAUCACACAGAAUUCAAGCUUUUCCAGCACGAGUAGUGAAAAACAACUAAUCAUAGAAAAUGAUAAGGGUACGAUCACGAUAAUGUAA